AUGAAUUUCUACGUUCCGCUGAAGGAUGAGGCGAUCGAGAGACCAAUUGCGUCUCAUAUUUCGAAGACGCCUCGUAUAUUGGGAAGAAGAUUCGCUCUAACAACCACCAAUUUUAAAUAUCUGGAUAUUGGAAUCAGCGUGGGAUCUAUAUCUCAUGUGGAAAUACUUAUUGGUGACAACCGAGGCAAUCAUAUUAUCCUGCCUUAUGGAAUGUGGAGGAUGUUUAUUGAGAGACGUAUGGAUAUUGAACAAUUUCUGCAAUCAAGCGUUCCAUCCUCACUACGAAUUCAAGAUUUAACGGACGCGAGCUCGGUUGGAUUGGGAGCGGUGUUAGCGCAGACUGUCGGAGGAUCUAAGCACGUGAUCGCGUUCACGAGUCGCGCGCUGUCGGAGGCCGAGAAAAGCCUACGGUGGCUGCAUAACCUGAGAAAUCCGUCAGGCAGGUUAGCGCGAUGGGCUCUUGAAUUGCUCGAGUACGAGUACGAGAUCGAACAUCGGAAAGGGGCCAUGCAUCACGUGCCGAAUGCGUUGUCGCGCAUGUAUGAAUCCGACGAAGAACUUUGCGCUGCCGUAGUGACCGCGGACGAGUGGUACAAUAAUCGCAUAGAGGCGGUGAUGAGACACCCGGAGAGACAUCCGGAGUGGCGCGUGCGAGACGACGGGUUAUACUUUCGCAAGCCGCGCGCGAUGUUGGAGGUGAACGGAGAUCGCGACGAGUAG